AUGGAUUUGUUUCGCACGAGCCAGCAGGGUGGCGACCCGUUGCCAACACAGAGGCCUCCUGAGCCUCAUCCAAAAGAAGAGGCGCAACCGGCGGAUCGAUCAGCGCACACUUCAAAACAUGAGGGGCAUUUGUCGGGGACGCAGCCAAGGCACCACGAAAGGGGUGGCGAUCAGCUGGACCUACGUAAGCGGAAGGACCUCCAAAGUCAGAGGGCACCAGCACGUAUCAAAAGUGGUGGUGCCCCCCAUGGACGUGGCAGUAGGAAUAACUACAAUCACAAGCAUAGGGGACAGAUGGGGGGAAACAACGCUGUCAGUGAAUUUAGUCAAGAACAACAGAGGGAGCAGCCAGAAGGCCUUCAGGGUGCGCUAGAUCCUCCAGAACAAGGAAGAACCCAAGAGUGCAGAGAAGGGCCUGGGACAAGACAGCAGCAGACACAGCAGGCAGAACAACGAGACGAAUUGCAGCCUCCUCGAAGGGAGCAAAAACGGUGGACUCGUGGCAGAGGGCUUCAACCUCAACACAACUACCAGUGGCGGCCAGUGGUACGCGGAGACAAGGAAGAGAAUGCACAACAACAGCAACCACAACAUUCUCAGCAGGAGCUGGAGCAGUCGGUGAGUCAGAAACAGUUGCAGACUCAUAAAGAGCACGUGCCGGAACAGCCUACAAGGCCACAGCAACAGCAACGGCAACGCACUUACACAAGAGGUACGCAACGAAGGUACCCACAAGGGCGGCACGUGCAGCGACAGCAGUGUGAUGAAAUCCACAAUGAACAGAGGUCCAACAGCCAGCAAAGUCAGCUGCCUGGAGUACAGCUGCAGCAACAGCAGCAGCCGGUAACUUGCCGCCGCGCAUGUGUGCGCCCGCAGCCGGCUGGUGUAGCGUCUUCAGUUGCAAUGGAGCUACAGCGAGUUCGCCGUCAGUUUUUCGACUCAUUCGCGUUGUUGUUUUGUCACCCACGGCUGAUGACUCUUCUGGAGAACCAGCCUUCAGCCGAUCGGGAGUGGAAAAUAACCCCUGCGCGAAAUUCCUCUUUAGCCACAAGGGAUUCAAAAGUUCCACCAGCAAUUGGCGACGCAUCAGAUCAAAGAAAAAACGCCGAUAAUGCAGAUGACUUUUCCGUCGGAGCACCAGUGGUUCCCAAGCCCAGCAAUGACGUGCCGUACACCGACGAUUCUAGUUGCGAAAAGCUUCCUGCUGGCGGCCAUCAGCGGGGAAGCAGCACGCCCUUGUGCGUGUUUGAGGUCAUUUUAAAUCCAACAGACCCCGAGUUCGACAAGUCCCUGCUGCCCUGUGGAUUGCGUCUGCAAGUUACAGUCGAGAAGAAUUAUCCGGGGUCUGAAGCAAUUACCACCAGUCAACAAGACGGGGAUAUCCCUUCUAGAGGGGAAAAAGUGAAUGGAGGGGUAAAUGGCCGGGACAAUGCAACAGUUGUGGCGGCAAGGGUGGCGACUGCGUCAUCGGACUCUGCGAACUAUGUUGGAGGAGAUUCACACCCGCCGCCUGCAACCACGCACAGCUGUGGCCCUGUCGAUACGCAUAGCUGCGAAUUUGCGUCAUCUGUAGCUUCUUUAUAUGUAUGCAAUGAAGAAUUGAACGAUUUUCGCCGAAAUGCGAUCGAGAUGGUCUUCUCAAAAGUCAUUGAACAGCAGUUAGCCAGAGGGGAAAAAGCAGAUCUCGUGCGUACGGCGAUUAAAGCGGUGGACAGGCACUUGAGAGACGUAUUUGCGUUGCAAGUACCUCACACAGAGUCCGCCUCCCAAAAGGUUGAGAUGCCUUGGACGGAAGAAGAACAAAGGAAAUUGGAGGAAGCCGUUGUUUUGUAUCGUCGGGUAGCAGAGCCAGUCUUACGGUGGCGCAACAUCAGCAGCCACGUGGGAACUCGUACGGCGAAGGAAUGCGCAAUGAGGUUUCAAAUUUGCCGGAGUGCUGUGCUAAAUGAGCGCCAGAAGGUAUUAGAGGGGGCCAAUACCAAAGAAGAGUCAGAAGAGUCGAGUGACGGCCUAGAAGAUGAGCUUGAUGGCGAAGAUGGAGAAAAUAAUGCGGGAGUACCUGGGAAAACGCCUGCAGUGGCACGUGGCAGCGACGUUUCCCUUAUAGACACGACGUCAGAGGGGGUAUCUUCUCUGCAUCUGAGUUGCAUACGACUGCAAGUCACGUGUGGUCGAUGUAAAUCUCCAGCAGAUAUGCGUGUUUCGCUGCCAAAAGAUGGAGCAGCCUUGGAUGCAGCGGGUAAGCUGCUCGGUAACCUGUGCAAAGUGCCAACUGCGUAUGGGCAUAAAGGUACAGCCAUUGAUUGGCGUUACGGGGAGCUCCUUAAUGCGGGUGGCCGUUGUGGAAGAAAUUGA